CCGCCGAGGACGUGACUCCAAGCUGCCUCCGCUCUCUCCAAGCCCUAUUCCUUUAAGAUGAUGUAAUAGUCAUUUCCCUGGAUGGUUUCUUGCCUGCACUGCUCACACAACAGCAUCCGAACUGCUCCUGGCACCGUGGGACCUUCCUGCUCCGGAGCCCGAGCCCCGCAGGCAUCUCCCUGCCGACCCGGCUCCUUCUCGCUGGUACCUAACGGGGAUAUGGGCGUCCCUUUGCCCUUGCCGGCAGGUGGGGUGGCUGCUGAGACCCUGGCCGGUCGCCUCUGUCUGUCUUUCUGCCUCCGGGCUCUUUGAACGCCUUUAAGUCCAGGUACCUCUUGUAACUCUCCCAGGUGUAAAGGAUCUGUUUCUAAAGGUUUGGAUCUUGGUUUUUCCUUUCUUUUCUUUUUUUUUAAUCCCUUGCCGAAGCUUUGGUUGAAUAUCUUUUCUUUGCUUCACUUCUUCGACUCAGCCCUCUCACGGAUCAACUUUUUUUUUUUUCGAUCCCUUUUAACUAGAGAUUUGGGAGUGAAUACGUACACACAUACAUAUAUACACAAACGCACAUCUAGGAGCGCGUAAGUGCGGAAUCGUUUAUUUCUGAGAGCACAUCUCUCUGGCACUUUUCAUUGAUACCUCUGUCCUUUACCUGUUUGGGAUUUGACGAGAGAUCCAGACCCAGUGGCUGUAGUUUCCGAUUGCUCUGGAAAAGGUUAUUUCUUCGCAAGAACUGAGUCUCCAGCCCUAGCUAAGACAGACCUCUGAGUACCUGGGCACUUGGCCUUCUUGCCUCCCCGUCCUAAAGGAAGAACAAAUGUAGCCAAGCUGAUCAUUACGUUCCUUUAAACUUUUUGUCCAGCAUUGCUUCACCUGUGGACUCUUCUAAAAUUUGCCUUGUUGGGUGGGAAUAAAGAACAAAACCGGGGUGAGAGGAGGUCAUUUUGAGCAAGUUAGCACCUUUUCCCUCGCUUACAACUGGAUACAAAGCUGUAACUGGCUUGGAUUGCACCUUUAAGUCCGGGAAGCUGCAGAAGAAGGGACAAUGGCUCUGAGUGGGAACUGUAAUCGUUACUAUCCUCGGGAUCAGGGGGCUGCGGUUCCCAACUCCUUCCCUGAAGUCAUAGAGCUGAACGUUGGAGGCCAAGUUUACUUCACCCGCCAUUCCACAUUAAUAAGCAUCCCCCAUUCCCUCUUGUGGAAAAUGUUUUCCCCAAAGAGAGACAACGCUAACGAUCUAGCCAAGGAUUCCAAGGGAAGGUUUUUCAUCGACAGGGAUGGCUUCCUGUUCCGUUAUAUUCUGGACUAUCUCAGGGACAGACAGGUCGUCCUGCCUGACCACUUUCCAGAAAGGGGAAGGUUGAAAAGAGAGGCCGAGUAUUUCCAGCUACCCGACCUGGUCAAGCUCCUGGCCCCCGAGGAAGUCAAGCAAAGCCCAGAUGAGUUCUGCCACAGCGAUUUUGAGGAUGGUUCCCAAGGAAGCGACACAAGAAUCUGCCCCCCCUCUUCACUGCUCCCUCAUGACCGCAAGUGGGGUUUUAUUACUGUGGGUUACAGGGGAUCCUGUACCUUGGGCAGAGAGGGGCAAGCAGAUGCCAAGUUUCGAAGAGUUCCCCGGAUUUUGGUUUGCGGAAGGAUUUCAUUGGCAAAGGAAGUCUUUGGAGAAACUCUGAAUGAAAGCAGAGACCCAGACCGAGCCCCGGAAAGAUACACCUCCAGAUUUUAUCUCAAGUUCAAGCAUCUGGAAAGAGCUUUUGAUAUGUUGUCAGAGUGUGGAUUCCACAUGGUGGCCUGUAACUCCUCGGUGACAGCAUCUUUUGUCAACCAGUAUACAGAGGACAAGAUCUGGUCAAGCUAUACCGAAUACGUCUUCUAUCGUGAGCCUUCCAGGUGGUCCUCCUCUCAUUGUGAUUGCUGCUGCAAGAAUGGCAAGGGAGACAAAGGGGAGAGCGGCACCUCCUGCAAUGACCUCUCCACUUCCAGCUGCGACAGCCAGUCAGAGGCCAGCUCUCCCCAGGAGACGGUGAUCUGCGGUCCUGUAACGCGCCAGAGCAACAUCCAGACCCUGGACAGGCCAAUUAAGAAGGGCCCCGUGCAGCUGAUCCAGCAGUCGGAGAUGAGGCGGAAAAGUGACCUGCUCAGGACUCUGACGUCAGGCUCCCGGGAGUCGAACAUAAGCAGCAAAAAGAAAGCUGCGAAGGAAAAGCUCUCCAUCGAAGAGGAGCUGGAGAAGUGCAUCCAGGAUUUCCUGAAGAUAAAAAUUCCAGAUCGCUUCCCUGAGAGAAAACAUCCUUGGCAGUCUGAACUUUUACGGAAGUAUCAUCUAUAGGGGAGGGCUGGGGGUAGUUGCCACUUUGAAAUAAACCUCCCCAAAGGAGCACGUACGUUAAAGGAAAAAUAUCAACUAACGAUCCACAUUUGUUAGAACACAACAGUCCAUUGAUAUACUACUGCCUACUUUAACUAGCUCACCUUAAUGUGUAAAUCCACAGGGUAGAUUCCUUUUCAGAUGUGGAACCAGAAGGGAGCUCCUGUGUUGUCCUUUGUCUUGUAUUAACUUGAUCCCAUGUGCUGGGAAUCUUCCCUACAGUGAAAGCUGUAUCUGAGUAGCUCACAGGCUUUGGGGCUCAUCCAUCCCAAACCAGAUUUUUAUGUUUGUUUCCCUCUCAUAUUCUGCCUCCUUCCUUUGGCCAAGGAUGGCGAAAGAGUCAAGAUUUUUAUUAUUUUUUUCUUCGCUUUUGUUUAUGGGGUGAAGGGAGAAUGGUGGAUUCGUGUGAUUUUUUUUUUUCGCUUAGAUCUCUACGUGCCAGUUUCUAUUGACUCUGUAUGCAUGAGCACCUGUGCACCACAAGCACAAUCUAUGUCUGUAUAUACGCACAAUGGAUGCACACGACCCAGGGCCUGGACAGCCAAGGACUGACAUCCUGCUUCCAGCUGCCCCCACAAGAGCAUUCAGACAAAGGAGCCUCUGCCUCUUCAUUAACACCCUCCCGGGCAGAUUUUCCAGCCUCCCUUCGCAACACUUUCUAACGCUGAAUAGCCCCCUCCCAAUCAUCAAUAAAUUCUCUUUCUUAUUUUGAAAUACAUACCCUCUGGCUCCCUCGCACUGCUGUGCACUUUCUCUACAUUAGGAGACAGUGGGAUGAGCUAGUGGAACACCGUGUGUGUUUAACUAACAAGCAGAUAGUCACGUCCACAAACAUAGCUUUGAGAUGCCCUGCACUCAGCCUUCUCCGUUCUUAUUUGACGAUCCCCAUUCUCCACCUGACUCGGAGUUCUGACUUGCCCACAUAUUAUUGAUGAGGCCUUUUGUUCAGGCAAGUUCUUUGCAUUCCUACGAGUUGCGAAGCUAGGAACAACACCUAGUAAUUGAAGAUGCAUCCAGCCUUCUGUUUGCUUGCUUUAGAGGAUUUGUACCCCCACAUGCUUCUUAAUUUCUCAUACGAACUUUAAACUACCCCUGUACAUUGUUGCUUGCUUGUAGACAGGCUUGGUUGCCUUUGGAAUCCUGGGGUCUGGCUGUAGCCAUACUAUGGUUUAGUUGUACCAUUUCUGUAAAGUCUGUAAUGACCCACAUGGGUGACUGGAACACAAAAGUUAUGAAUUUGAUUUUUUAAGCUUUUUUAAAAAAUAUAUUCCUGACCUGUAUAGAUACAGUGCAAAAGAAAUUGUUAACAAUGUCUACCCACAUGCCUCUUGUCUUCUAUUAAUCUUCUAAUAGUUCUUUUGUUCACUUGUGCUAAAUGAAUGUCCAAAGACAACCUUUAGUUUUCAGCAUUCAUCACGCAUCUUAGUGGUAAUUGAAAAAUGAUUUGUCACUAUAAUGUGCCAAGCAUUCCGAAUUUUUUGGUGUGUGUGUGUGUGUGCUCGUGCACGUGCAUGCACAUGGGUGUGUAGUUAGCACAAGUAAUAAAGACAACCAGACAGUGUCUAUGGGAGAAAAAACAUCUAACGACCAGUUUCUUUGUUUUUAAGGAAACUUUUAGUUAGGUACAUUUAUUAUUUGAACAUUUCCUCAUUGAUUUAUUGAUGUCUGUUGGUAUAUGGUUGCUUUUCUGAAUUUUUUUGUAAUUCUUGACUACACAGGUGGGUAAUAGGAUAAGGCCAUGUUUUCUUGUCCUGAUGCUUCAGAUAAAGUUUAAAAUUUAAUUUGAGUGAAAAAGAAAGUUUCCUUGGGGUGCUGAAUUGCCAGAAAAAAUUAUCAUUUAUGAAAGUAUUCUUCUGUGUAUUAAUAUUUUAUCAGAUAGUUGAUAGAUAGCUUUGUGUGUGAACCCUACUAAUGCAUCUUCAUUCUCUCUCUGUCUCUUGGUGGUAAAUCAAAAAGACCACCAUAGUAACUAUGGAAGAUACUGGGAAGCAUUAUGGGUCUUAAUGGGUCAGAAGAAUCUGGAUGUGAAUGGCUGACUAGAUGACCAUUGACUCACUGAAAGGACUGUCAGAGAAUCUGAGAUUUGAAUAAACUGGCCAAAGUCCAUUUCCUUAAAUUUCAGCACUAAUCAUAAUGGUAUCAUGAAAGAGAGGCACUCAAGAACUGAGCUGCCCAUCAACCCACAGAUACUGCUACAGUCUUCAGAUAAGAAAUGAAAUGCUUUACCCACAGUCUUAGA